AUGGCUGACUCCGCGUAUAGUCCUGAGCUGCAGCGUCUAAUUGACACCCUCAACGUCAUUGCACCCGAGAUUGCAACUGAAGUUGUCGCUGCCCUAGAUCAACAAUUCGGUGGAAUCAUGUUUGAGCUUCCCGCGCAUGUACUCCAAUACCCCAUGGAUGAUGAGAACCACCAACCCACCACUUUUAUUGAAUGGGUUACUAAUAAUUUUGAUAUGGUUGACCAGCAGGUUGCUGCAGAGAUUGGUCACCCUAUCCAUACUCGUUCGGGCCCUAACGAUCCUAUUGAGUGGCGCCCUGUUGUCUGGGGCCUACCCACUGGCAAUGGCCAUGAUGCCCCGGAUCCUAUUUGUGAGCAUUGCCUCGACCUUCUUCCUCGACAGCCUGCCGAUGCUGAUAUCAUUGCCGAGCAUCCGACUUGUUCUAUCUGCACCGAGAAUGUUGAGCUGAACUCCUCUACUCUCACUCUUCCUUGUGAGCAUAUCUAUCAUGAGAACUGUAUCACUAUUUGGCUUCGCCUAUCCUCUACUUGCCCCCUUUGCCGCCGGGUUAUUCGAAACCUUUAG